AUGAGUGAUCAAGACAUUAAUACAAAUAAAUAUUUCGAACUAAGAAGCGUUUAUGCAUGCUACAUUGAUUCAUAUAAUGCAUUGUAUCAGUUAAAAACAAAUUAUGUAGAAGAUUUAGACUCGAUUUACAAAAUGAUCAAAACAAACUUAAUUGAUUCAAAUAAAUAUCCACCAUCCAAGCUUAUAAGAAACAUUUUAAAUAUCAUUACGUAUAAUAACCGCUAUGCAAAGUCAUAUUUGGCUCUCGCCAAACUCAUAUCUGAUGAUUGUCAAGUAAACGAAGCAACUUGUAUUAACACUAUUUCUAACUACCUGUUUUAUAAGCAAUUUGGAAUUAAAUUAGACAAAUAUAAUGAUUUCGAAAACAUUAAAUUAGAAAACCUCGAAAUUCAUUCAGAAAAUACCAUUUACAAAGCAAUUAUGUAUAAUGACUUAGAAAGAUUCAUCCAAUUCACGGAAAGUGAAAUAUUUAAUAAAUAUCAAUAUCUUAAAAGCAGUUUAUAUCAAGCUUCUUCUCAUGGAUAUUCAUUACUUGAUUUGUGUUGUUAUCACGGAGCAGUUGAUUGUUUCAUAAUUGUUAUAAUUUAA